AUGGAAAGAUCGAGAUACCCCACCAACGUUGAAUACACAACCACACCUCAGCCAAGAUGGGGAAAUCAAAACCCAGAAAUCGUGCGAAGAAUCGCAACAACCCUACUGCCAGAGAAGUGAAGCCACCGACUGAUCCAGAGCUUGCUGCCCUCCGACAAGAGCGCGUCCUACCGGUCCUCAAAGACCUGCAGAGUCCCGAUCUCAAGACCAGGUCGACCGCAGCCCGUGCAAUCACGAACCUUAUUGAGAAUAACAAGACCCGAAAGCUGUUACUGAGAGAACAGAUUGUCAAGAUCCUGCUUGAGCAGACAUUGACUGAUUCAAAGCCAGAGACAAGAGCUGAUGGUUGGGGUAUUCUGCAAAAUCUGGUGCUGGAGGAGGACAGUGAUUUCUGUGUCUAUUUGUUCAGACAGGACAUUCUAACUGCAAUUGAGUGUGGUGGCAAGUCGAUACUUGAGACGCUCGAUUCUGAGAAAGUUCCUUUCAAGAACCUCUCAAAACCGGAGAAGGAGCUUGUCUGGACCCUGGCUAGUUCCCUAAUUAGCCUUAUCUCAUCUCUUUCCGAAGCUCAGAACGAGAUCAACCAAGCUAUCUCCAACCGCUUCACGAUCAGCCAAUUCCUAAUUGGCGCAGUCACCAAAGGCGAAGCACCUGACUACAUCGUGCUUGAAGUAUUCAACUGCAUGGCAAUUCUGUUGGAGGACAACAAAGCACUAGCGCAGCAAGUGAAGGAGCGUGAGGAGAUUUUCUUGGAUUACUUGAUUAUAGUCAAGCAGGAAACCGACAACAAGGACUACGCCGAUAUGAAAGGGGUUGGUGCCUGCCAAGUGCUUCACAACCUCUUCAACUCCUUGACUUGGUAUGACCACAACACGCCAGAGCAAGGUGCAUCAGAUGCAGGUCUCAUUCCCACCCUGGUACGUGCUAUGAAUCAAACCAAAAUUCGAACCACUACUCUUAAGAACGGGGAUUCCAAGCACUCAAGCCCGGAUCAAGUCAUCCAACUGGCUUUGGAGCUCACCGCAGCUAUUGCAACAAGUCUUCAAGACGCAUUGGAGCAUGCAAGCCAGCCUAAAAAUGGCAAAAAGGAGGGACAAUUUGCAGGAAUCGUCAAAAAGGAAGAGGAAUUUGAAGGGUUCGAUGACACUGAAAUGACGAAUGAGGCCUCAGAGGUGAAGGAUGAGGAAGACUUAGUAGACUUGGAUGCGCCAGAAUACGAGAAUGGUGAGAUGAAUGAAGAGGAGAUCGCUGAUGACAUGGAGUUGGUUGUUGGCGAGGGAUCAGACGAUGACGAGACUACGAACGAAACAGCUACCCUGGAUCUCUUGAUACAAACCGCAGCUCCUCAAAUCAUCAGUCUCCUCCUUCAGAACAACGGCAACAGGAGCCACGCUCUAUCGGCACUCAAUAAUAUCGCCUGGGCUGUCUCCGUCAUUGAUUUCUCAGAGCAACUUCUGAAGAAGGAUCAUUAUCUGGAGAGCAUCUAUGUGCUCUGGGUACCGGUGGCUCAGCGCAUUUGGGAUCAAAUCGUUAGUCCAUUUCUGUCUUCCAACUCGGCGGACAUCGGACUGGCUUCGGUCAUCACAAGUAUCGCCUGGGCACUGUCUCGCUGUGUCAAAGGCGAUAUCAAUAUUCAGCCUGGUGAACAGCGGAAGUUAAUGGCAUUGCAUCAUUCCUCUAAGGUCAUGAUUGGAGAACGAGAGGAGGAACUAGCCAAUGCGGUAGAUGGUGGCGACGAUCCAUUCCAGAGUUUGGGCGUCAAGUGCAUCGGUGCUCUUGGAAGUCUCGCACUGCACCCUGCUUCAAUCGAUCUGAACAGUGACAUUGGCAUCUUCCUUUUGACCUUACUGUCUGGUCUACCAGAUGUCGCACCCGCGGAAGCUGUCGAGGCACUAAACCAGAUUUUCGAGAUCUAUGGGGACGAGAAUUAUGCAUUCGAUGAGCCAGUGUUCUGGGGAAACGAUUUCUGCAGGCGCCUUGAGGGCAUCCAACCCAAGUUGAAGAUGAAAGCGAAGAGCAUCGAUAAGCGUCUCCUUCCCGAGCUUCGUGACCAGGUCGACGAGGCCGUCCACAACCUACAUCGGUUCUUGAGUUACAAGCGCAGAUCCAAGGCGGCUGGUACAUUGCACCUCGCCAUGAGAUGAUGGCUUGCAGGAAUCUUUCUGGUCUUCAUUGGCGUUCUGUGCUUGGAAAGAAAAGUUUACUGCAUUUGUUGGAGUAUGGACGCAAAAUAUACCAUUUGGUUUCUUUUCGGCAGCAAAACACAAGUUCUAGCAGUCGAUUCGAGCUAUGAAGAUCCUCAUCGUUGUAUCAGAGAUGAAAACAAGAUGUUACGAAACGAAAAAGCCUUUGAAAAAUUAAUGAUCUCCAU